UUCUGGAGUGCAUUUUGGAAUAUGGGGUUUGUGACUCGAACAACACACAGCAGCUGUGAGUUCGGGAGAACGUCUAAGUUUGUUGCCUACUGUGCCUUGCAAAAGGCAAAGUGCCGUAACUAUGCCAACAUUGAAACUGAGAAAAAGCCCUUUUAAAGUAGCAAACGUCAUCAUGCCAGUGAAUGAAUAAAAAUCUAAAGUAGUGUGCGAACCUUUUCACAGUGCAUUCACUCAGGCAUUGCAGUCAGAGGCGAAUCGCAUUGUUCGCUCCGAAUAAAAGAGCAACAAAAUCAAACAAGUGUGUGUAAAAUUCUUGCUUUUGAAAGUCCUGUUGACUGACUUGUGUUCCACCCUGUGUGUCCAGCAGCCCCAGCAGUGUCGCGUCCCAACUCCCUGGCGGUGUCCUCGCCCCCCGCGGUGGCGUCGGACCUGUGGACGGCGCGCGGGGACGGCGAGGUGAAGCUGCGCAUGUCUGAGUCGGGCCCCGGGGCGGAGCCGGCGCUCACCGUGCACCAGAUGUUCCACGCCACCGUGGAGCGCUACCCCGACCACACGGCCCUCGGCUGGAAGGAGGGGGACGCCUGGAAGACCUUAAACUAUCGCCAGUACUACAAGCAGUGCCGCACCGCCGCCAAGGCAUUCCUCAAGCUUGGUCUUGAGCGCUACCAUGGCGUGGGUAUCCUGGGCUUCAACUCGGCCGAGUGGUUCAUCGCUGACAUCGCAGCCAUCUUGGCAGGGGGUUUUGCUGUGGGCAUCUACACCACCAACUCUGCGGAGGCGUGCCAGUACGUAGCGGAGAACUGCCAAGCCAACAUCCUGGUGGUGGAGAACCACAAACAGAUGCAGAAGAUCCUGCAGGUCCAAGACAGUCUGCCCCACCUGAAGGCCAUCAUCCAAUACAGAGACGAACUCAAAGAGAAGAAGCCAAACCUCUACACGUGGGCGGAGUUUAUGGCGCUGGGAGAGGAGGGGCCAGAAGAGCAGUUGGAUGACAUCAUCUCCACCCAGAAGGCCAAUCAGUGCUGCACGCUCAUCUACACCUCCGGGACCACCGGCCAACCCAAAGGAGUCAUGCUCAGCCACGACAACCUGACGUGGACUGCGUUUGCGACGAGCCGUAACGUUCGCCUGACGGAGGCGUGUGUGUCUCAGGAGGUGGUGGUGAGCUACCUGCCGCUCAGCCACAUCGCUGCGCAGAUGAUCGACAUCUGGAUCACCAUUAAAGUGGGUGGGGCCACAUACUUCGCCCAACCAGACGCACUUAAGGGUUCCCUGGCGAAUACACUGCGUGAGAUCCGUCCGACUGCGUUCAUGGGCGUGCCGCGCGUGUGGGAGAAGAUGCAGGAGAAAAUGAAGUCUAUUGGGGCCAAGUCCUCCACCGUCAGGAGGAAGGUCGCCGCCUGGGCCAAGGACGUGGGACUGCAGACCAACCUUAACAAGAUGGACAGAAAUGGCGCGGCGGCCAGGAAACCCCUGAACUACCGUCUGGCCAAGAAGCUGGUGUUCCGCAAGGUCCGCAAGGCGCUGGGAUUGGACCGCUGCAGCAAGUGCUACACGGGCGCCGCCCCCAUCACCAAGGACACGCUGGAGUUCUUCCUCAGCCUGGACGUCCCCGUCUACGAGCUGUACGGCAUGAGCGAGAGCACCGGCCCACACACCAUCUCCCUGCCCGACGCCUUCAGACUCACCAGCUGUGGCAAGGUGAUCCCGGGCUGCGAGACCAAGAUCGUGUCUCCUGAUGCGGAGGGUAACGGUGAGAUCUGCUUCUGGGGUCGCCACGUCUUCAUGGGCUACCUCAACAUGGCCGACAAGACGGCAGAGGCCCUCGACCAGGACGGCUGGCUGCACUCCGGAGACCUGGGCAAGCACGACAAGCAAGACUUCCUCUUCAUCACCGGACGCAUCAAAGAGUUGAUCAUCACAGCUGGUGGUGAGAACAUCCCCCCGGUGCCCAUCGAGGAUGCCCUGAAGGACGCCGUACCCCUCAUCAGCAACGCCAUGCUCAUCGGAGACAAGAGGAAGUUCCUCUCCAUACUGCUCACCAUCAAGUGCGAGGUGAACGCGGAGACGGGCGCCCCGGAGGACGAGCUGACGGGCGAGGCAGUGGAGCUGUGCCGCAAGCUGGGCAGCAGCAGCACGCGCGUCUCCGAGGUGGCGGGCGGCCGAGACCGGCUGGUGCACGCCGCCAUCCAGGAGGGCAUCAACCGCAUCAACGAGCAAGCCACCUCCAACGCCCAGCGCGUCCAGAAGUGGACCGUCCUCGAGCACGACUUCUCCAUCGCCGGCGGAGAGCUGGGUCCUACUAUGAAGUUGAAGAGGCCGGUGGUCAUGAAGAUGUACAAAGAGCAGAUUGACAGUUUUUACAAAGAGGUGCCAAGCCCCACCACCCCCGACGCCCCCACACCCCCCAAAUAGAGGCCUGCGCUCGCUCGUGUGUGUGUGUGUGUGUGUGUGUGGCGCUGGGUGGAGCCGAGAGACUACAAUGCUGCUUGUAUGGGGUAUCCAAGUCUCCAUCCCUUGCGUGCAGCUCAUGGGGCCUGGGAAAGCAGUCUUACGACGCAGCGCGCAUCCAAAAUCUUUAAAAUUCACUAUCAAAUUCUGCCAUCACAUGUGGAAUCCAGAGCACAUGUCAAAUGGAAUCGCCCGUUCAAUAUAAUGUGAACAGUUAGGUGGGUCAAGGCCCCAUGGCCCGGAAGUAAAAGGGUGGCCCAUGCUAGUCUCCUGGUCUCUCAUAACGUACUCUGUGGUCUGUAAACGAGCCAUCAUCUGCCCUGGGGGGCAUUUCUUGAAAGCGUAGUUGUUAGCAGUUAGCAACUUAGGUAGUUGCCAAUGAGAAAUUGCAUUGCAACCAACAAAGUAGCUACUGUAGUUAGCAACUACGCUUUCGAGAAAUGCACCCCUGAUGUGUUCUGUGGUGUGGGGGUGGGGUUUUGUUUGGUUUGUAUAUUGUUUUUUUGUCUUUGGGUUUUGUUUACAUAUGUGCUGCAGUGUAAUUUUUUUUCUGAUGUGAAGGAUGCGUCAUAAGCCAUUGGUGAAAAACAUUUUGUAAUUCCAAACAAUUUUGUUUGUUUUGUUUAUUUGUGAGGUUAAUUUGAUUUGUAUUUAUUUAUUGUAAUUAUUGUGAUGAAGUACAAUAAUAUGUAUGAAUUGAGCCAUAUCAAAUCAUUAUUCUUUAUUUUGCUGUAAUAACCAGAAAUCAAACUGCAUGAAAUCCAAAGCUUAUAUGGACCUAAACAGAGAUUUGAGACCACUGAUGAAAAAUGUUUAAUAAUAUAUCCUAUUUAUUCUUGUUUACAUUUAGCCAAGUAUAUUUACUCACGGGUGUAUGUUAGCAGGGACUCAUAUUUGGCCAAAUGUUUUCAAAGGGAUUCUGCCUUGCAAAUGCCAAAUGUCUUGGAGCAGUUCGAAGACUUUUUACAUUGGGCCAUCAGUCUCGAAGGCUUUUUACAUUGCCCAUCAGUCUUGAAGGCUUUUUACAUUGGCCAUCAGUCUUGAAGGCUUUUUACAUUGGCCAUCAGUCUCUCAGCACUUACUAGGGUAGAGUGGUUUCAGCCCAACAGACCAAACACCAGGGGUGCAUUUCUUGAAAGCAUAGUUGUUAGCAGUUAGCGGCUUCGGUAGUUGCCAAUGGGAAAUUACAUUGCAACCAACAAAGAGGCUAAUGUAGUUAGCAACUACGCUUUUGAGAAAUGCACCCCAGAUCACCAAACAUGCUGGCUGAGGAGACCAUAGGGAAAUUGUUUUGCUUUUGUUGUUUGUUUGUUUGCUUGUUUUUUCUUGAUGUUGUGGUGAGGUCGCUCUCUAGGUGCUGGUCUAGUGUAGGCACGAGCCUAUUGGCCAGAGCUUCCACCAAUCGGCUCAUGAGAGAGAUUGAGAGCAGGGGCCUUUACUAAGAUGCUGGUUCAGGAGUAAAUCAGGUUAACUUAAGAGGUAAAUCAUCUAAUUUACCUCCAUUAGAUGAUUUGCCUCUUAACUCUUCUCUUCUCUUGAACCAGCUUCUUCGUAUAGGCCUAGGGGUCUUGCUGAAGAGCCAAACCCAGUGACCAAACCAUUUAAGCCAUAAGACCCGCAGUGUCAUAGGACCACCAUGUUAUACCAUCUGAAGCCAACACCUCUUAUCUGAGCUGUUCUGUAAUGAAUUCUGUGUAAAAAGGAAAAAAAUCUUUAUUGUAAGCUUCUUUUGUAAAUACUGACAUUUUCUUGUGUUUAAAUAUGUUUUGCAUACCAACCUCUGUUCCCUGUGAUGUUCAUUUGCAUUGUGCAUCUGCGAAUGCUGAGUCUGCCUGGCUAUGCAGCCCUGAAAAGGCAAAGUGCAGUAACUACAUAGUUUAGUUAAUUUUGAGUUUAGACUGGAAAGGGUCUUCAUUACGCUGUCUUUGUCUUGCGACAAAGUCUUUAUGGUCCAAAUGUGUCCCGUUUUAGAGAUAUUGAUAUGUCCAAUUUGCCGUAACUACAAUAUCUAACCUUAUACCAAUACUGUUGAAGGCCCUUUUCUCUGCGUAGUUACUGCGCACCACUUUGCCUUGUGUAGGGCAGCAUAGGUGUGGCACCCUGAUGGUGUGGUCUGUAGUAGUAGAGGGCCAUUUACUGUGCUGCAGCCUCCUGACAAUCCUGGGGUGAUGCUAGCAUCCUCACAAGGGUUCUGAUGUGCAUUUCUCUAAAGCGGGGUUGUUAGCCAGUUAGCAACUUGGGUAGUUUUCAAUGGAAAAUUGCAUUGCAAACAACUAAGUAGCUAAUGUAGUUAGCAACUAUGGCUCCCUGAAAUGCACCCCAGAUGUGGAUAUUGAGUCUUAAAGACACUUGAGGUGGAGGCAGCAUGCUGUAUGUCUUGUAUGUAAAGUAUAUUUGUCUGCCUAUUGUGAUUUGAUGCAUUACAUCAAAACCACUCGGAGGGGGGGCAUUAAUAUUAUAUUGUAAUCAUGCGAUGCCUCCAUAACCUGAAGUACAACAGAUUUGCCAUUUGGAAGGGAUUAAUUAAGAGCUGGACAUUUUGUAAAUAGCCUAGGGGAGAUCUUGAGGCAUAUGCCCUUUUUUGUAACCACUGAAAGGAUUUCGCUAUGCAUUAUUUAUUUACUGCAUUGGAGGAUCAGUCUGUUAAAAAAAACAGACCAUUGGUUGAUCCCAAAGAGCAUUUUUCUUCAGGAGUUAUUGAUGCCGUGAAAGGCCAUAAAGGGCCCUAAUAGAGCUGAUUGAAACAUGUAUAUGUCUAUAUUGUCCCUUACAAGAGUGAGUUGAAGACUAAGCGGUUUGUCUUCUGAAUGUAGAUAUGAAGGUGAGGGCUUUGAGACCUCUUGAGGCGCGUGCCAGUUUAAUCCAUUACAACCUCACCCAGUUUUGAAGGCCAUCUUUGUUUGAACGGAGAGAAAGGAAGACAACAAAAAAUCCUGACAAAACAUGAAAAGUCCAUCCAGAUAAUUCUGUAGUUAUCAAAGCGAUGUUGCAAAUGUGUUAAUCUUCUGUAAUUAAAAAAAAAAAAGUAAUUUAAAAACACAACCCAAUAAUGACAGCAGCCCAUGAGGUCUUGGGUAUUCACCUGACUGCAGGACAGAUGAGCUUGUCAACACCGGUGUGUGUGUGUGUGUGCGCGUGCGUGCGUGCGUGUGUGUGUGUGUAGUGAUUGUGCAUGUUCUUGUUCCCGUGGCCUUUGUAGCAAUGGGAUGCGUCACUAGGCCUCUGUGUGCGUGGCGUGUGUAUAUUCCUGUAUCGCGACUGAGUGCAUGAGCAUCUUGUGCUCUAAAAUGAAAAUAAAUCUGCUUAAUCCUGAUGUAA